UCGUGCGCGUGUGCAGGAAGUCACAACAAUGUCAUGCGCACUGCCGGGCCUGUGCCGGAAAAUGUUGUAGAAUCAUUGCCAUCGUGAAGAUGGUAUUUACGUGUCAGCCACUCGCCUGACGUGCGCUGUCUGGGGGCAACCGGCGGGACAAUGAGUGUGUCCCAGCAAAAUGAGAAGAGGCAAUCCUUGCUUGAAAGGCUUCUUGAUGCUGUUAAGCAGUUGGUUGAAUCCAUGCAUGCGGAACCCGUGGAUAAGGAGGGCCGACUGUAUUAUUUUUGAGUGCCAGAUUCGCUUUGGUGGAAGAAAGGAAAUUGCAUCAGAUGCAGAUAGUAGGGUGAUCUGUCUGUGUGCUCAGUUUGAGACUGUGCUGCAACAUGGCUUAAGAAGAAGCAAAGGAUUAGCACUAACUGCAGCUGCUAUCAAACAAGCAGCAGGAUUUGCCAAUAAAACUGAAACAGAGCCUGUUUUCUGGUAUUAUGUGAGAGAGCAUCUGAACAAACAUGAGCUACAACGAUACUAUUCUUUAAAGCAUAUCACCACGGAUAUUGGUCGGGGCAGGGCUUGGCUCCGAUCUGCAUUGAAUGAGCAUUCACUUGAGCGAUACAUGCUUAUGCUUCUUGGUGAUGGAAAUCAGCUAAGCGUCUUCUAUGAAGAUUGGUCAUUUAUGAGGGAUGAAGAGCGUGCAAGCAUGCUUCCAACCAUGGCAGCAGGGUUAAACUCAAUCCUCUUUGCAAUCAACAUUGACAACCGGGAUUUAAAUGGACCUAACAAGCCUGUCUCUGCAGUUGCAAAUUUGCUAAAGGAGUCAACACAAAAUGUCACAUGCCUGUUAAAGGAAUCUACCCAGGGGGUUAGUACGCUUCUGAAAGAAAUCUCAACAGUGCCAAGCUUCAUGAGACCUGAGCCGGAAUCUGAGCGACUGCCAGUUCUGUCUAAAACUGUAAACCAAGAUGGAAAAAGCAGAAGAGAAAAGAAGAAAAAGAAAAUGGUGCCAAAUAUAAUUUCUUUUGAUGGUGACAAUGAAGAGGCCGAACUUGGCUCUGAGCAGGUGAAGCAUUCAGAAGUAACAAUAGAAAGUGCUGAAGAAAAUUCAGAAAAAUCUUCAUCAGUUUCUUCAGCUGUCAUUUUAGAUAGAUUUACUCCAGAUGUAUACAAAAAAGCAGAUUGCAAUGGAGAAGAAUAUAGCAACAAUAUCCUGAAGAUUGUGGAUGUGUGUCUAAAUGGUGAUGUUGGUCACAAGAAACUGGAUAUGAAAAGUAUUGACGAUGAAGAUGAUGAUGAUGAUGAUGAAGAUGUGGAUGCGGAGCACAUGUAUCAAAGUAAAGAUAAUGAAGAGGACAGACUUCUUUCUGAACAACCACUUGUGGAAAAUAUCUCCAUUUCACAAAUGUCCAGCUGGAAUACGUUACAAGUUCUGAAUGACAAUGACAGUUCUGACAUCCUUUUUCCGGUCAUUGCAGUUGGUUCCUGCUCUCAGUCUGAUGGCACUUCUGAUAACUUGGUAUACUGUGAUGAACAUGAAAAUGCCACACUUGCUGUUGAACUUGCCCAGAAAGGAUCCCAAUUUCAAUACAGUACUGAAGUCAGUCCUCCUCUUCAGGCCAGCGUUCCUGGUCUCCUGCCCGCAGCUGCUGUCCCAGAAUCGAUGACUGUGGACGAACUACGACAAGCUAUUGUAGCCAUGAUGAACAGAAAAGAUGAACUGGAUGAGCAAAACAGAUCACUGCGAAACUUACUUGAUGGCGAGAUGGAACAUUCUGCAGCACUCAGGCAAGAAAUUGACAACCAGAAAAAGAAACUGGCAGAGCAGGAAGAGCGACAUGCUGCCAAGAUUCAGGCAUUGGCAAGGGAAAAUGAAGUGUUGAAGGUGCAACUGAAGAAGUAUGUAGGAGCUGUUCAAAUGUUAAAGCGCGAAGGAAGCCAAGUGAAUGAUGUUUGUCCAAACUUGCGGAGUGGUGAUACAGAUCUUGUGAUCCCGGAACCUAAACCUGUUGUGGAUAAUGAUGAACUGGCGAACACCUAUGAGCGGAAACUAAUUGAGGUAGCAGAAAUGCAUGGAGAACUGAUAGAAUUCAAUGAGAGGCUACACAGAUCACUGAUGGCCAAGGAAGCCCUCAUCUCACAGAUGAGGCAGGAGCUGAUUGAUUUAAGAGGACCAGUACCUGGUGAUUUAAGUCAAACCUCUGAGGAUCAAAGCUUGUCAGAUUUUGAAACGGCUCACUGUGCACUGAUAAAUGUCUGGAUUCCAACAGUGUUUCUGCGUGGACGAGCUGCUAAUGCUUUUCAUGUGUAUCAGGUUUACAUCCGGAUCAAAGAUGAUGAAUGGAAUGUGUACAGGAGAUACACUGAAUUCAGAGCACUUCACAAUAGACUACGGACCAAAUUCCCUACAGUGAACACUUUUCAUUUCCCACCGAAAAAAGCUAUUGGAAACAAGGAUGCAAAGUUUGUCGAGGAACGCCGUAAACAACUCCAGGAGUAUCUGAGAAACAUAAUGAACAAAAUUAUACAGACACUCCCAGAGUUUACAGCCAGUCCUAAGAAGGAGACCCUUAUAAGUCUACUUCCAUUUUGUGUUGAUUUACAGCCAACUGGAGAACCUGCAAAUAAGACAAAGUCAAAAGUCGCCUCGAAGUUUUCUAGAUUGAGCAGGACUCACCAAAGAGAGACACGGAAUCCGGAGCCACAGAGUGGCGACUUAUGACCUGUUCAUUUUUCUGAAGAUCCCAGCAUACUGGAUGGCUGCCCUUUAUUUGAACUAUCAAAGAACCUUUCCAUAGACAGUUGAUUUAUGUGGAGGAACAUAAUGCUUCAGUGUUAUUUCUUGGGAAAUGAUCUGGAAAAAAUGGCACAUUCUCACGCACCUUUCAUUGUUGGUAACUUUGGAUUCAAUAUUGCUUUAAAGAACCAUCAAAAUAAAUUAAGAUACCCAACAGUAGCAUAGUUUGAAAUAUUUACGAUCUGUAUUGAUUAUUUAUUUUGAUGGUACUGUCAGAAGAUUUGCCUCUUGCUAUUUUUUUGCCAUGUGUUCCAAAUGUGAUUUCUCUUUCUCCAGAACUACAUCAGCUUGGUGUUCACUCAUACACCUGCUAGUACACUCCCUACCUAUAUACAUCUGGAGAAAGAACAACUUCUGUACCAAUUUACAAAAAUGAUGUUAUCUCUUUUUGUUUUGCUGGAUGCCUGUGACUCAAACAGAAAGAGCAUUAAGUCAGAUUAAUUUUCUUAAUGGGAGAUGCUAGGCUCUCUUCCCCUCUUCCCAGUCUUUGUAGUAUGAAGAGAGAUUUUGUUAAUAAUAAAUAAUGAAUAUGAAUUGAAAACCCAUUUUAAGAACAGCAAUUUAUGUAAAGUACAAUCCUGAUUUUCUUUUUUUUUCAGUAUAAUUUCCAAAUUUGAUUCCUUAAGCCAGUUUAUAUUUGCCAUUGUAGACAUAUGAAGUCAUAGACUGUGAAAGAGCUACAGCUUGAGAUAGGCAAAUUGUUUAAAGCAUCAGAAAGAGCCUUAUCAAUUGACAGAGACCCUACUUCGAGCCUGGUAAAGAGCACAUAAGUGAAACUGUUUCUACACAUAAAUAAUAUAUAACCCAGGCACAGUUUAAUAAUCUUCACACCUUAAUCCUUUUUGUAAGAUUUUUAGUGAGGUAACAUUGACUUUACUGUUUUACAGUGUGGGGAUGGUAAACCAAUAGCAUCAGGAUAUAGCAUAUAGAUGUCAGAUCGCAACAUAACACUCUCAUGUAAGUAUCUGUUAUUCUGAGCUAUUAUUGGCACUCAGUGCUCAAGUCACAGUUACAAGUGCAUGAAGGCAUGGGUUGAGCACCACAACUUGAUAUACUUUAAUAAUAGCCAAAACAAUAUGUAGUUUUUUUUCUAAUAUGAGCAUGCAUUCACAAAUAUUAGCCUUAAAAUUAAUACAGAAAGCAAAUAAAAUUAUUCAACAAUUACCUGUAAAUUUGACAAUAUUGCUUUUAAAAUUAUACUUAAAUAGUAACUGUCUUCUGAAAACAAUUGCUUAUUUUUAUUAGUUUCUUCAUUUUGAGGCUUACACUUUUUAAAACAAAACUGUUUACUUAAAUUUCAUUGGAACAUUCCCUUUUACAACUAUCACCAAGGUCUAUUUUGGACCUUGCCUAAACAUACCUUGGUGGUGACAAUUUCUCUGAAAGUUUACACUGUAAAUAUGAAUAAUAUGAUUUACUAUACAACGGUAAAUGCAUUUUCCCUUGAAUUCAUCUUCAGCUUUUAUACUAAAUAUGUUUCUGUUUCAGAGCUUUUUUAAGCAAUCCAUCAACAAGACACAUCCACAGUUCAUCUUGAAGAACAUAGCUUCCAGUAUUACAUAUUCAGAAUUGCCUAUCUCAAAACAUCAAAUCACAAUAAUCUUUCUUUCCUACAUUUGUUCUCUUACUCCUGCUCCCUAAUUCUUCAAGUUUCCUCAUCCAUUAUGUUUGAAAAUUCCAUUAUUAUCAUAGCAGUAAGCCUUUCUGUUCUGCUCUGUGUGCUAUCAAUCUGCAGUACUCUUGCUACAGCCCACUGCAGCAGUGCCAUUCCACUAAUCCAUCUGACUUACAUUAUAAUUACUUACUAUUACCUACUUCCAUUAAAACCUGACUACCUUUUUACAAUAUAUUUUGCAUUCCUCAUCCAAAAAAUCCUUGAAUUUGCCCAUUCAAUUGAUUGCAAUCUUGGUGAAAAAAGCUUAGUAUCUGUGAAAGAGAUGUAGAAAAAGCUAACAGUGAGCAUGCCAGUGUUUUCUAGAAAAUCAUCUGGUGAUUAAAUGUUCGGGAAGUUGUUGAAACUAUUGACUGCUAUGUUAGCAUUUGCACAUCAGGAAGGCUGGAUAUGAUAUAAAACAAUGGGUAGAAUGUAGCAUUCAAUUCAUGUUAAGUGCUGCUGCUGAAAUUUCACUUGUCAUAAGAAAUGCAUUGAGGAAAAAUCAAUCAUUACAGCUGUUUUCACUAUGGACAUUUCUCAUUGAAACAAAUGCUAAGUGGACCAACAUGUGCUUCAGGAGGAAAAAGAAUGCAGCAUUCCUAACAGUAGUGUAACAUAUUUCAGGAAUCUCAGUUCAGGAUUAACCAACAGUUGUGUCAGGAAUCUAUGAAAGUAUUCUGUGAGGAGGUUUCUUUUUCCCUUGGGGACAUGGAAAGCAAACUUCAAUAAAUAUGCAUGACUAUGAUUAAAUGCAAACCGUUGAGUUUGUUUUGUUGAGAUUUAUGAAUUUCAUCCUUAGGAAGUGCCAUUUUUUCAAUACUGUUACUGAUCGAGGAUAUUGAGUGGUUGGUAUUUUGAAGGUACCUGUAGAAGUUAUAUAUAAAAAUGAACUCUGCAAAUGCUUCAAAAGGCAAGAAAAAAUCUGAGUGGCCCUGUUCAAGUAUUCCCUUUAAUCCCGUUUUUAGAAGAUGUAUACAGUACGGUAAUCAACUUAAAUCAUUUUGAAUUGUAUGUAUUGUGAUAUCUUCCCUGCUUAUUUUCAAGAAGGACCUCAGACAUUUACUUUCUAUGGAGAGGGUAAAGAUCAUCAUAGAAACUGAUCUUGAGAUGCAAAAUCACUGGAAAACAUACAGUUCACUGACCAGAUGCUCCAGUAGACUUAAAUAUAAAGUGGUAGUAGUAGCUGUUGUAGUACAAUCACUUAUCCUGUAAGAUGUUGUUCUAAGGGGUUGUUUAUUAGUUGGUCUUCAGGUGGUUCUGGAAGCCAAUCUGGAUCCACAUAUUCUGGAGUGGUUAGUUAUUUAGUCUCUCCUUCUGUAGCUGCCGCUUAUUCUCUGUGGCACAGUGGAGUUCUCAUGUAGCACAAGUCCUUCUUGAACAGAUUCCCUCCGGGUGUAUCUCUUGAGUGCAAUGUCUUCCCAGUUUUCAGAUGGAAUGUUGAAUUUCUUCAGGCUAAUUUUUAUGUUAUUUUUGAAGCAUUUCCUUUGCCCCCCAGGGGCUCGAUGACCUUUGUUCAGCUGGGAAUGAAGCACCUGUUUGGGGAGACAUGAGUUAAGCAUCCAAGUGACGUUGGAGUUGGUGUCGCUUUAUCGUGGUGGAGAUGCUGUUCAUGUUGGCCUCCUCCCGUGCACUGGUGUUAGUGAGUCUGUUUUUCCAGCUGCCCUUCAGAAUCUUUUGUGAGGCUCUUUGGUGGUACUGUUCAGGGCUUUCAGGUGGUCCAUGAUUCAGAAAGUAUCCUACAGCUAGCUUACUAAAGAUUGGAGGUCAAGUCGGAUUAAAGUUCUGGAUUCUAUGUUGAAUUGAAUAAUUUGAGCAGAAAUGACUCCAUUAAUAGAUUUUCUUUAUGAGCUUCAUUUACAUUGGAAUGUUUAUUUGUUCCAUGUUGCAUUAUGAUAAGCUGAGGAAACUGACUUAACCUAUACAAGAUCAAAUACCAAAGAAGCCAUAAAUUACCAGCUAGAAUGGAUGAUUGCAAAGAAAGUGACAGUAGAUAUUAUUGAAGGGACAAAAUAAUGCCACCAGGUUUGACAUUUUGUGACUAAAUUCAUGAGUUAUCUUGCUGUUGCUUUUGUCAUUGUUUGGUAUCUAUUGAAAAUUUUUAUUUACUACAAUGAGAAGUCUUUUGGUUAUUGGUGUUGUGUGCUACUUAUAAAGCCAAUGCUAUUAAUUGUUGAAGUAUAAGGAAUGAUGCCAGGAGUUGAUUUCAUGCAGUGUAGUCACUUCAAUAUGCUAUCAGUUAGAAUAUUAUUUAUAUAAUGGUGACUUUAAGUAAAGCAUUGUUCAAGGUUCAUUUAAUAUCAGAGUAUAAAACCUGAAGUUCAUACUCCCCACAGAUAUCCAUGAAACAAGAAACCCCACAGAAUGAAUUACCUCUUAAUAAUCAAGUUUGGUUUAAAAUAGAACUUUGAAGAGGUAGAACAAAGUCUAGCGAUAUAGUCUGAAGUAGUUAUUGCUAAUGCACUUUGAAGUACAGGUAAAUCACAAGGGGAAGCAAAAAGAUUAAUGGGUGCACUUUGAAUAAAGGUUUUCUUACCACUAACAUUUAAGCAAAUUUAUUUUUCCAUGCACUGCUUCCAAUUACUAAUGAUAAUGAUUUAUAUCCACUGUCACAAUGUGUGCUUAGUUCAAGAUAAGUCAAAUGUUUGCCUACAAUUGCACAUUUCAAACACUGGCAGAAUUACCUUGCAUUCGGGAAACCAACGGCGAUACCAGUUGAGAAGUGGAGCAUUUCUCAUCAAAGAGAAAACCACAUUCUAGGUAAAAUUUUAUUCAAAUGAGCUGCCUGCAGUUUUGAAAUAAGUGACUAACAUACCUGCUAAAAUGAAAGUUAUUGUAUCAUAAACUGAGCAGCUUAACAUUUUGAAGCUAUUUAUAACACCCUAUUAAUUUUUAGAAUAAAUUUCAGUAAAUAUACUUGAUAAUGUGGAAGGUAAGCCAUUUAAUUUUUAAAAAGGAAAAUGAAAUUCUGAUAAAUUAA